CAUACUACAACACAAAACAACUUCUCAAGACUCUCCACGUUUCCUUCUUCUUCUAUAUAGACUCCCUCCUAUAUAUAUAUUCUACAUAGCUUAAAUCGAUCUUAUUUCAAGAUUCUUCAAUCUGUAAUCGUCUCAUAACCAAGAGAAUCCUCUCUCAAGCUCUAUAAAUGGCUGAGGAAUUCGAUGAAGCUGAGGUUGUAUUCUCUGAAGAUUUAAGCUCAGUUUUCCAGAGAGACAACGAUGAUGAGAAUGGUCUGUUCGGUCUGAAGGAGAGGAACAAGUCGCGGCGGAUCGUCAAGAGAAAGGAGAAGGUAACGGCGUUAUCGAGCUCGCUGCCAGUGAAUAUACCGGAGAACAUGUUUCGUAGGCACGUUGAGAAAGAGGAAGGUGAACACUCUGAGGAGGAGGAAUAUUCCAACGGAAGAGGAGAGAUCGUUCCGCCGCAUGUUAUAGUCGGACGGAGGAUUCAAGCAGAAGGAGGAGGACAAAUGGCGUUUUCAGUUUGUUCAGGUAGUGGAAGGACUCUUAAGGGGAGAGACCUGAGCAGGGUUCGUAACUCGGUUCUCAGGUUAACCGGUUUUUUGGAGGCGUGAACCCUGUUGCCUACUACCCCACCCUGGUUUUGCCAUUUGAUCAUCUCGCCUUUUUUUUUUUGCAAUUUAUGGAAAAUUUAUCAGUGUUGGGGAGAUUGCUUCAAAUAUAUAUCAAAAAGAUAAAUAAAAAAUAUU